AAUCUUCUUAUUAUGUAAGCGAUUAAGUUUUGAAUUUUAAAUGAUCGACGUUGGCUGUGGUGGGAGAAGAGUAUUAUUGACAGAUGAAAAUGGAUGGUUUGGAUUCGGCAGCUGACUUCAGGCCAGUCGCGUUCAGAAGUUGGAGGAGUGCGUGCGUGUGUUGUUCGCGGUUGCAUUGCGGUGUGCGCGCAUUGGUGUGUUAUCGAAGAAGAAAAAAAAAAUGUCCCUGUCAGCUGUUCGCGAAGCGGUGUUUUAAAAAAGAAGCGAAACGUGUGCAGUUUCGCGCGAUGUGAGGAGUUGCAGAAAGCAGCAGCCCUUUGAAAAGUAGUAGAAGAAGAAGCUGACGUGUUGUUUGGGUGGUCGACCAGAGAGAAGAAAAAAAAAAACAACAGAAGAGCGAGCGAGAGUGAACAAAUAAAUAAACUGUCCCGAACACACACACAUAAUGUCCAGUAGCAGCAAUAGCAACAACACGGUGCGCAUAAAGACGAUCUGUGCCCCGUUCCUGAAGGACAACUACCAGAGGAUCUCCGUCCUCUUCUCCGCUCUUCUGAACGAGACGAAAUGCGGCGACGGAUUCUCCAUCUUCGAGGUGCAGUGCACGACCCCGCUGGCCCCUGACCGCAGCUACAGCUCGGACUUUAUCAGCAGACUCCAGAAAUAUGUAGAUGAUAUAUGCAAGGAGGGCUGCGGCGUCGGAGGCGAGGAUUCGAGCUACGACUCGGACUACGAGGCCGAUACACCCGGAGCGGCACCGGCCAAACACCACCAGGACGUUUCAAGGACAACGAGCGACACCCUCGCCGCCGAAUAUGCGGACUACGUGCAAACCGAUUCCAAUCCCGGCUACACGGCCAGAGUGGAGUUUGCGCUCAAGCUCGGGUACACCGAGAAACUGGUGCAGGCCGCCCUCCAGAAGCUGGGUCCGACACCGACGCAGAACGAGCUCCUCCGCGAGCUGAUCAAGUUGGGCGCGCAGAGGGGCACCUCCAGCUGCGACAACAGCCCCACGGACACGCUAUCACCUCUCGGCGGAGGUGGAAUCAUCUCGUCACAAUCAGAACCUUCUCCGUCCCUGCGGUCCGUCGUCAUCGAUGGGAGCAACGUGGCCAUGAGUCAUGGUAACAAAGAGAUAUUCUCGUGCAGAGGAAUCAGGAUCUGCGUGGAUUGGUUCAAGGCGCGCGGCCAUAAAGACAUAACAGUAUUCGUGCCGACAUGGCGCAAAGAGUCUCCUAGACCGGACAACCCGAUUCAAGACAGGGAGAUCCUCGCCGAGCUGGAGAAGGAGCGCCAGCUGGUGUUCACGCCCUCGAGGUUUGUCGGAGGCCGAAGGAUGGUCUGCUAUGAUGACAGAUACGUCUUGAAGUUGGCCUCGGAGGUAGACGGCAUCGUUGUCAGCAACGACAACUACAGGGACCUCUGCCAGGAGUCCACCGAGUUCCGGAGGGUCAUCGAGGAGCGCAUCCUAAUGUACUCCUUCGUGAACGACCGUUUCAUGCCGCCGGAUGAUCCCCUCGGUCGAUCCGGUCCGACGUUGGACAACUUCCUGCGGACGCAGCCGAAGAAAAGUGAACCACCACCUUUGUGUCCGUACGGAAAGAAGUGCACGUACGGGAACAAGUGCAAGUACAACCAUCCGGAACGCGGACCCCUCCCGCACAAGUCUGUGACGGAACGGUUAUCGGAACACGCGCAGCGUCAUCUUCAAGCCAGAGAGGGUGAGACUAGAAAACUUCCUCUGGGUCGCACCAGGUCGCACAUCCCGCAGCACAAAGAACCCCAGCACACGAUCGUGUCCAAGAGCAGGAGCGUGGACAACGUCGGCGAGAAUCUCCACAGGAAGCUCCAGCGGCAGUUAACACUGAAUCCAUCCGCGGAUCCAAGACUGGCGAACGUCAGGAAGCAGUUCAAACCUGCGAUGCCCAACUGGGAGAUGCACCAGAACGUUACCAGGAUAGUAUCGGCGCCAGACAGCAAUCGGCCGUGGCCGCCGCAGGUACCGAUGCGGCACAUGCAGAGGGUCUCCAGCUGCUCGGAUCCCCAACUGAACAACUGGCACCAGUGGCAGAGCAAUCCGCAGGAGGAUGCGCGCAGGAAACUGCACUACCACCUUGCCGCCAUCUUCCCCGAAGAACAGGUAUCGCAGGUGAUGCAACUGUACCCGGAGGAGACGAAUCCGCAGAAGAUCUGCGCCGCAAUCCUGGCGAUGUUCCCCAAGCAGUGAUACACGGCGGGAGGAAGUCGAACGACGAAAGUGCGAAGCUGCUCUCCCUUACUUGCGGACACAAGUAACACGAGAGACGCGAUCAAACGAUGUGCACGCAGGCAGCAGCCUCAUAUUGAAGCUGGACGCGAGAGAACAAAGGCAACUCAAAACAAACACAAAACAAAAAUGAAAUCGUUUUAAUCUUACUUCACCCCCUGAUUAUCACUAUUACUUUCGUUGAUAACGGUUGAUACUGUGUAUCUUUAGUAAAAUUUUUGCAAUUUAUUCUAUUGUAUCAUACCUGAGAUGAAAACCUAUGACGAAGAGGAAAAGAGAGAAAAGAUAUAUGUGAGACGAUGAAGAUGAACACAGAGAGGAGACAAUGAUUCCGGGGCCAACGUAUUUUCAUUAAAAUUCAGGACGAAUGAACGAUGUUUGUUACAUGUACAUAUUAUAUGUGUACCAUCAUCACUUACAAUACGCAGAUGACGCCCAUCGGGGGGGAAAAACUAA